AUGUUGAAGAGAAAGGCGAUGGAAGAAAUGCAGAGUUCCACCACGCUGCCACUUCCACCGAAAAUUGACCCGUUAAAUGAACAUUAUCCCUUCUGUAUUGUUUGGACGCCUAUUCCGCUGCUUUCCUGGAUUCUUCCAUUCAUCGGUCAUGUGGGAAUUUGCGACUCUGCCGGACGAAUCCAUGAUUUUGAGGGUCCUUACAACAUUGGUAUUGACCACAUGUUGUUUGGUAACCCUGUAAAAUAUUGGGACAUCUCAAAGACCUUCGUGCCAUCAUUUUAUCAUUCCAUGCUGGAUCCACAUUCGCAGGAAUUCGCAGAUUUAUGUCAUAAAGAGGUGGAGGAGUACGACGCAGCCAUCGGACGCGUAACAAAACACUUUCGUAGAACACAAAUGUACAAUUUUUUUACAAAUAACUGUCACUCUUUUGUGGCUUCCACGAUGAAGGACCAUCCGCUCAGCACGGGUUCAUGGAACAUGUUUCGUGUAGCCUGGGGACUCGCCAUUCACGGGCGCUACGUUAGCACGGCACGUUUUUUUAAAGCCCAUUUACCUUUUAUAAUUUUAGUGACCAUAAUUGUACUCAUCUGUGUUUUUGUACCUCGGUCCUAG